AUGUCAGAUACGGCGGGUGCCGCUCUUGUGCCUCUGUCCAAGGGCUUCGGCUAUGGCAUCAUCCUUGGGCUUGGGUUUGCCUUUGCCCUCGGUAUGAUUGGGACCACCUGGGCCUUGAAGAGGUACCACGGCGAGGUCCAAACCUCCGAAGAGUUCUCAACAGCAGGCCGGACAGUCAAAUCAGGUCUAGUGGCUGCUGCUGUGGUAUCGAGCUGGACAUGGGCUGCCACUUUGCUCCAGUCCUCUGGCGUUGCCUAUUCCUAUGGUGUCUCCGGCCCAUUCUGGUAUGCUUCAGGCGCGACUGUUCAGAUCCUGCUCUUUGCAACACUGGCCAUAGAAUUGAAGCGCCGCGCCCCUAACGCGCACACCUUCCUGGAGGUCAUCAAGGCGAGAUAUGGCGUCGUCACGCAUAUCGUCUUCCUUGUCUUCGGCCUCAUGACUAACAUUCUCGUCACUGCCAUGUUGUUGACUGGCGGCAGCGCUGUAGCGAGUGCUCUUUGUGGCGUCCCCACCGCAGCAGGUUGCUUUCUCCUGCCAAUUGGUGUCGUUCUAUACACAAUGUUCGGCGGCAUUAAGGCGACAUUUUUGACGGAUUAUGUUCACACGGUGAUCAUUCUCGUCAUUAUCUUUGUGUUCGCGUUCUCCGCGUAUGCUACCAACGAGGUCGCGGGCUCCCCGGGCAAAGUCUGGGAGUUACUGGUGGCCGCCGCGGAACGACAUCCUGUGUCUGGCAACAAGGACGGCAGCUAUCUCACAAUGCGCAGCCAUGAAGGGGCCAUCUUCUUCGUCAUCAAUAUAGUUGGGAAUUUCGGAACCGUCUUUUUGGACAACGGAUAUUAUAACAAGGCCAUCGCGGCUUCACCCGUCGAUGCUUUACCAGGGUAUGUUAUGGGGGGUCUCUCGUGGUUCGCGAUCCCAUGGCUCUGCGCUACAACCAUGGGUCUUGCGGCACUGGCCCUUGAGAACAACCCGGUCUUCCCAACUUAUCCCGAGCGCAUGUCCCACGCUGAUGUUAGUGCUGGACUGGUCCUGCCUUACGCCGCCGUGGCGCUUUUGGGGAAAGGCGGCGCUGCUGCGACGUUGCUGUUGGUCUUCAUGGCCGUCACAUCUGCAUCUUCGGCUGAACUCAUUGCGGUAUCCUCAAUCUGGACGUACGACAUCUACCAGACCUAUAUCAACCCAAAGGCCUCUGGAAAGUUCCUGAUCCGAAUGUCCCACGCCGCUUGUGUCGUCUACGCCAUUUGCCUUGCCUCUUUUUCGACAGGCUUGUUCUACGCCGGUGUUUCGAUGGGCUAUCUGUAUCUCCUCAUGGGCUGUAUCAUCUCCAGUGCCGUGAUUCCAGCAACGCUGGCCCUCAUGUGGAAGGACCAGAACUGGCAAGCCGCGGCAGGCGCGCCGGUCCUGGGCUUCAUCUGCGCGAUUAUCGCCUGGCUCGUGACCGCGAAGCAUGACUGCGGCGUCCUCAACGUCGAUUGCACCGGCUCCAACAACCCCAUGUUGGCUGGGAACGUGACCGCCCUGCUCAGCCCCAUUAUCUUCGUCCCCAUCCUUACGUAUGCGUUCGGCCGCCAGAACUACGACUGGGAGUCCAUGCGUGCGAUCCGCAAGGGCGACGACUCCGAGAUCAUCCGCCGCGCCAGCGUCGACACGGAGAUCCAACGCGAGAUCGCAGCCCGCACUGCCGAGCAAGAAGCCGCCGAGCAGACCAAGUUGAACAAAGCCGCCGUCAUCUCCAGGAGUUUGACCGGCUUCAUGACCAUUGCUCUGCUCGUGCUCUGGCCCAUGCCCUUGUACGGGACGGGCUAUAUCUUCUCGAAGAAGUUCUUUACCGGUUGGGUCGUAGUCGGCAUCCUCUGGCUCUUCUGUAGUACCUUCGCCGUGGGCUUGUUCCCGCUCUGGCAAGGCCGGAAAACCAUGGGCCAUACCGUGAAGUCCAUCUUCUUGGACGUGACGGGCAAGAGACGCCCCGCCAUCCAUGGACAGAUUGCCGAAGUCGACGAGACGAGUGGUCAUCAGACUCCCGAGGAGAAAGUCGUCGUCAAGAAUGAGUAA